AUGGCAUCGCUGACAUCUUCCAGCCGCAGAUCUUCCUCAUCGUACCGCUCAUCAGCACGCUACAGCACUUCUAGCUCUUACUGCACAGAGGGGUCUCUGGGUGGAUCACCUGAUUCACUGGAUACCAUUCUUGAGCCUUUUCUCGACUACGCCGAUCAUUCCAGUCUGUUUGGAGAGGAGGGCCCUGGAGGACCAAACUGUCUGGCCCCAUUCAGAAGGCACAGCAGACCCUCCUAUGGGCAUGAUGCUCCUGUGGGGGGCGCUGCAACAGUUGGACAGACCAGCACAGGUGGUGUAGUGAGAUGUCUGGGAGACAGCUACUACAUGUCAGCUGAUGUCAGCCAGUUUGAGCCACAUGAUGUAGUGGUGCUGGCCUACAACCAACACGUGGUCAUCCACGCCCAGAAGGUUUUGGAUGAUGGCAGCAUCAGUGACACGUUCACCCAUAAGUCCCUGUUCCCUGAGGAUAUGGACCCCCUGUCAGUCAGUGGGACCCUUAAUCCUGACGGUACCCUGGUGGUGAGUGUUCGCCGGAAAUCAGCACUCACUGGGAAAGAGCACCUGGGUAUCCCAGUCUACAACAGUGGGGCUGACCUUUGACCUGUGCGCACAAAGUGUGUCUUGUGGUUUCUCCCAUGGUUUUAUAAUGAUCUUUUAUAACAUUAUAGUGUUAGAGGUGAAGCUCAUGUGCACUGAAUAUUUAUAUAAAUGAGUAAUUAAUUAAUCAUUAUUUAUAGUAUAAGCACAACUUGGCACCACUACUUCCUCUUUUAGCUUGCAAUCAUAUCAUUUGCUUCCAGUAAAUCUCUCGCUGUCUCAACCUCUCUACCAGGAUGAUCAGGCUAAACACUCCACCAUACAUUAAAAAUCCCACAAAUCUAUCAGACAGAUUAUUAAGUUCAUGUUUACAUCAUGUUUUCUUACAUUACUUUCCAAACAAAAGUCUUCCAAACCCCCAGGAACGAUCAGGUGCUGCAGGAACUAAAAGCCCAGGGAAGCCCAUCGUUAUCAGACGUGUGGUAAUUAGUCAAAUAAAGCACCUCUUGUUUUCCCAGUGUUGUUUUUAAUCACAAAAAAACAGAAAAAAAACAAAGCAAAACUUGAUGAUAUAAAAUGCAAAGCUCAUCUUUGUGUUGUUUUGCUGAAGCGCAGUGAAUAGACACGCUACUAAUAGCAGCAGAGGCUGCAGGGACAGUACUUUCAGACCUGCACCAUCAUCUGGCUCACAUGUGUCUGACAGAACACUCAGCUCCUCUCUUUGAUCGGUCCAGCUGUGCACCUUUUGUAUUUUUACACUUCAACUCUGUUUCACAGGCAUCACUGAGGCAUGUACUGAUCUCAUAACGCUUCUAAAACACAUGUGACCUCUAGCUCAAUGCUGAGGCCCUCUGUAUCCUGUCAAUACGAAGACGGGGGACUGUGCUGCUCUUCUGCUAAACCUGCUGGUUUUACUCUGCAGAAUUUAAUUCUCUGAAACAAUUUGUUGCAGGAAAACAUGACAGAUUUAUUGAAUUAUAAUUUGCUGAUGUAAAGU